AAUGAUACCUAUGAAUUUAAACAAAAAUUUAGGAACCAAUUUUAUUAUUUUUGAAAAUUUGGCCAAAAUAUAUGUAUCCCUCCUUCUCCCGCCUCUAGUUUCAUUUUAGAUAACAUAUGAAAAAUUGGAGGGACUAGAUUUUUUUGAGUGAAAAUUUGGCCAAAAUUAAGUAACCCUAAUAGUCCCGCCUCCAAUUUCACCCCUUCCCAUCGUCAUUCAGAAACCCACCAAGGAAGCUUCAUCACCGGACCCUCUCGAUGCUCUCCUUCAUCUGAGUGGCAACCUAUCCAGGGAUUGUUUUCAGCUAACGAUGGGAGUUUCUCUCUGUAUGCGCGAGAGUGCUGGCCAGCGGUUCACGUAACACUAUUCACAAUCGAUCCUAAAGUGCUGCUUCAUCGUUGCUUUUGGGUUUUUGAAGUAAUUUUUUGAGAUUUGGAUUGAUUUUAGCAAAGUAUUCCUUUUCCGAGUUUAUCUUUGCAGAUUUGGGGCUCGAUCUGGCUGAAUUGAAGGUCAACUCCCUCGUGGUUACUGUUCACCUACGGCUGUAAGGCAAGUUCUUUACUAGAAUAACAUGAUUUCUUCUUUUGAUAUUGCCCGAUUUCAAGCAGCAACUUCUUCCAGAGAAGAAACAUUUGUUCCAUCUCGCGCUCACCGGCGCUGCUACUCCGCCGCUGGGUUGCCUCGCCGCUGCUGGGUGCUGAGUUAAAAGCGAAGGUCGCCGGACUCGCUGAAUAGAGCUGGGACAAAGAGAGAGGUCGCCGGAUUGCUCCUUACCGUCGGGGGAAGAAGGAGAGAACGGACGGCUGCGUUAACCCUACGCAUAACCUCCCCUGUUGUUGAGACACUUUAUUUGAGAAGGAAAAAGUUUGCUAGAGUUGAUAAUUUUCGGAAGUGCACCAAAUUGAAGUUUUAGGAUUCAGUCUCCUGAGAAGCAUAUCAACAUUUGGCGAGAUUGAGGACUAAAGUGGAUGCUUUACAAGAAAAUGUUGCUAGAGCAAGGGAUGUAAAUAUUAAAUUAUUGGAUGUUAUUUAGACGUGGAUUGUGAGGUAAGCCAUGACAAAAAUCUUGAUAUGGUUCUUGACAUCAUUCCGUGGCUCUGCAAAAGCUGUUACAUGGAAGUUUAUUCGUCUUGCAAAGGCUGCAACUGUUCGUGAACGGAAUUGGUAUAUGAAAUUGCUAAAUGAGGAGGAUCGAGCCACUCAGCCAUAUCUAGGACGCAUUGGAUUUUCGAAGUGGUCUCGGGCAGAAUCAGCAAACAAUCGAUACUCAAUCAUGACAUCAAAUAACGCUGAGUCAAUGAACAGUGUUGAUGCUACAGCCCGCGAGUAUCCCAUUGCACAACUUAUUGAUUCAUAAUUGCGAGGAUGCAAAAAUGGUUUGAUGAAGAGAGAACAUUGGCUAAUUCUAUGUCAUCCAUUCUGAAAAGGAAUUAUGAAGCAAAGUUGAAUAAGCUACAUGCUUCGUC